GGUUUCAUAUUCUAAGUCUUUUCAGAUAGUUUCAACGAUUUUCUUAAAAAAAAAAACUUCAUGAAAAAUAUUAUGAAAUGCAAUUAACUAAAGCCAAUAUUUUUUGUCUAUGCAGCAUCUAGACUUCGGGUAAAGCACGUAAAACGGACAAAACAAAAAAGUUCAGUCAGUGAUUGUACAAUAAAUCAGCCAAUAUAUAGCCUAAGAUAGGUGAGAUUGAUGCAGAAACAUGUGUUUGGACAAACUCAAUUUAAUAAUCUCAAUAAUAAUAUUGAGUUGAAUGAAUAAGAAAAAAAAGCUCCAAUAUGCAUAAUGCACUUAUUCUUACUUAUGGGGAAAGAGUGUCUAAAUCAUGGCAAUUAAUCGCCACUAAACAUAUGUACGGCACGUACAAAUCAAUUAAUAUAGUGGAGACCUUUUUUCCAUGCCUUGCACCUUCUCCUUCUGCAUCUUGUUGUUGCAAAAGGGGGCGUGAAACACAUAGAAACAUAAAAACAUAAAUUGCAAUCUCACACUCAGCACUACAUGUAGGUAUACAGCCGAGAUAAACUCCUCAUGAGAAAAGUGCAUUGAGGCGAAGGAGGCGCGAUAUAAGCUUUAAAGGUGCGGGAGGUGAACAGAUACAUUGAAGCUGAUCGAGAGAUCUGCAAAUAUGGUUAACUACCUUCAUAAAUGCAAAAUCAAUUGAUGAUGAAAUACGGUUCUGUGGUGUCUUGAACGGAGAUUUUGACGUGAUAGAAAGUUGUUUCGCCAUCAACUCCACCUCCUUCAGACAUUUACCCUUUUAUCGUGGAAUUCACUCUCAUGUUUUCACUCCAUGGAUCAUCCUGAUUGAGAUUUUCACUCUCAAACGACCGGUAAUUUUAUCAUGGCACCCAUCAUCAGGCAUAUGGCACCUUUCGUUAAAUAAAGUCAAAAACGAAAAAAUGAGAAUCACGAUAAAGAGAUCGAUGGAAUGGUGGUGUGUGACAGUCUCCAUUUAGCAUUCGGCUGGUUAUAUUGUAAUGUAUGAUAUCUUGGAGAGGUUGAAGUUAAUGAAGAAACACGUGGAAGAUUUUCUUUGAUUUUUAAUUAAUUAAAAAUCGUUUGUUUUCUUUCACAUGAUUCUCCACACAUCCUUUACAUAAUUCCUAGGUAAUAUUAGGAUUUUAAAAAUUUAGUUUUUAUACUUCUAAUAGUAAUUUAAAAAGUCUUGGUUUGCUUUUAAAAUCCUUAAUCAUGCCUAAAUGUAUUACUUGAUGUCUUUUUAAGAAAAUAUCUUGAAGACAUUACCAUAAAUAGUGUCUUCAUAAAAAUAAUAUUAUUGAAUCGAUGACAGCAAUGACAACGUUAUUCAAUUUGAGUUUAUUUAUUUUUUUGUUUCAAUAAAAUCACAGUUUAUUUAAAAGAGUCCAAGAAGGUAUUAAUUUAUUUAUCAAGUAACUCUAUCUGGUGUUACAGCAAAUAGCAAUUUCUUAUACAUGCUCAUUUAUUGUCCAUCAUUGAUAGCUUAAAGUGCGAAAGGCUGAAAUACCUAUUUUAUAGGAUUUUAUUUUUUGCAAUAAGAACCCGACAUAAGGAAUCAAUGUGUUUUUCUGCCCAUAAGAUGAUUAAUUGAAAUUCACCAAUUGCGAUAUCAAUUGAAAAACCAGUUGCGGAGGAGAGGUAUCCUGCUAUGUUGAAUUUCGUGAUCACACUGAAAGCCAUGUGACGCCGCUUUUUAGAGAUGGAUUACUGAAGACGAUUAACCAGAAGAGAGCAAUAAAUUGUCUCUGCUAUAUAUGUAUAUGUAUAUAGUAUUUCAUAUAAAUUAAUCUCUCAUCCUCCGAUCAUGAAAUGGACGAGUGAAAAAGAAAAAAAAUAAAAAUAAAAAUAGUAUAUCGAUAAUUCUCAGAGAUUAAUUAUUGAAGACAGUCACAAAGAGUGAUUCAAUGCCAUUGGUUGUUUUAUAUAUUACCUUUCCCCUUUGGUACGUUCAUCCAACUCAACUGAGGGGAAACGAAAUGAAUAAUUUUAAAGAUGGUUUGAAAAAGAAUGUUACCAAGAUUUAUACGACCUGAGACAUUAAUGCCAUGAAGAAACAUUAUAGAUUUCUUCGUGAUUUGCGCGCUCUGCCUUCAACAUUUGUCGUACCACAGCAAUAACCAUUAUAGGUCAGCCAGAUAUUUACUUCGAACUAAUUGCUCACUUUAUCAGUUCUUGGGGAAGGUAUGUGCUCUGUGUGUGUUGUGAGAAGGUGAUUAAAGGCACAAAAAUGCUCAAGUCUUUGCAUAUGCGACCGCACCAACAAUUGUCAGUCUUUCAUUUACCACCGAAGCUAUUUCGUCUUCUUAAUAGUGUUGAAAAGUGGUUCUUAUCGUGUUUAUGGGAAAUGCAGAGAUAACUCUUGUCUCUUGCUCGGUUUUAACUCAUUAUUCUACAUAAUAAAACCACUAAACGUGUCACAUGGAAAGCAAUUGCAAUGACUUCUUCAUUCUCCUCCUGCUCAUCCUCACGGGGUACCACAGUACCACAGGUGAGGAGGUUGCAGAAGUUGGUGAAGAGAAGGUGAUUGAUUUGUCGCACUAUGGACCAAUGUUGUAUGGGAAUCCAAGUUCAGUGAAUGGAAGGAGAUUGGAAAAGUGGAGUACGUCCAAUGAGACAGGAAAUCCCGAAGAGCAAGGAGCAUACAUUGAGGGAGAUAUCCUUAUACCCAGUACCCAUGUAAGGAAUGGACUUCGAAGUCAAUCAAGUUAUUGGCCAAGUGGAAUUGUGCCAAUUGAAGUUGUUGGGCCAUUUAGUGACAGUGAUGUUCAAAUUAUACAGGCAGCAAUUAAUUCUUAUCACACCUACACAUGCAUUCGUUUUGUUGAACGUCAAGCCACUCAUCGGGACUACAUCACUGUACAAAAUACAGGAACAGGAUGUUGGUCCAGCGUGGGACGCAUCGGUGGUGGUCAAGUGGUGAAUCUCCAAUCACCUGGAUGCACAGUUAAAGUGGGCACUGUGAUACAUGAAUUUAUGCACGCACUUGGUUUCCUGCACGAACAAAACCGUGAAGAUCGUGACAGUUAUGUGCAAAUUCAAACGCAAAAUAUCCAAUUUGGCUUCGAAUCAGACUUCCAAGCUGCCGCCCCAGGGAGUACAAAUGAUUUUGGGGUAUCCUAUGACUACUCCAGUGUAAUGCACUAUUCAAGUACGGCCUUCUCGCGAAAUGGCCUACCUACAAUUGUACCCCUGCUACCAAUUGCCGGUGAACUUGGUCAGAGGGAGGGUUUUACCGAAAGUGAUGUCACAAAAAUUCGCCGAAUGUACAGCUGCCACGGACAAGAUACUCCGCAGGAGAGUGAAAGUCUCUUUGGGGAUGUAUGGGCGAUAGUAUUUAGCCCUCCCCGAGGCAAUGGACGACGGAAUCAUAGGAAAAGAGAAGCAAUUGAAUUAUCUCUCUCACCUACGACAGCAUCCCGUGAGAAGGGUCUUAAAAUAAAGUCACCGUGAACUUACACGAAACAGGAGUGUUUAUCGAGGCACCUGAUCUAUGAUCAUCACAUGAUGAGACAUAUACGAGAUUACAAUCUUCGCAGACGAUCACUUAUUUCACAUGUUUCUGAAAAUGUCUCUGUGUCGUUCUCGCGCACCUUGUGGAGAUGCUGACACGAGGAGCUAUAUGUACAUCCCGAAAACAGAAUACUUGAGUCAUAGUCUUUUACUUUGCAUAUAGAGGAAGCUACAGACUCCUAUGUCUCUCCAAUUUACCUAUAUCGCAUGAUUAUGUUGCUAAUCAGUUGACAGGUGAGAAUUUCAUUAAUAUACCUUUCCUGAAUUAAAGGGUUGAGUUAACGGAUUUGUGACAAACAUAGAAAAUUCCACAUGUUUGCUUAACAUUAAAUGUAAAUACAUAGAUACGUUACAUUUUGCAAAUUAUGUACACACAUUUUAUUAAUUAAUUUUAAUUCUAACAAGGGCACAUUAAAUUUUGUCUAGAACGAAUGGGAUUCUUCUGUUUAAAAAAGAUUAGUAAAAAUAUAAGAUGAGUUUAUGUCAAAUGUUAGAACGAAAGUUUUACUAGAAAAUGUAUUAAAAAAAUUAAAUUUUCAUUAAAAAAAAUUCUUUAACGCCGUUUUAGUUCCAGGCUAUUCUAUCUUAAUUUUCAAAUAUUUUACAAAGUUAAAAUCAUAUCGAAUUUUUUUUUUAAAUUUGUUAUUUCAAAAUUGCACAAAAAUAAUUUUUAGACUAAAUAAUUGUUCUAGGAUGAAAAAUGAAAAU